GUCGUCACCUAUUUUAUUCACCUUGGGAUCGCAGAACCAUGAAGCUGCUUGUAGUUUUUGCCGCUCUCCUCACAGUCUGCUGUGUCCAAGGUUUCUUACUUUCGUCGGCCUGUUCAUCAGAUGGCGACUGUUUCAAUGGUGACGGCUGCUGUGAGAGGCACUUCCUAGGCCUGGCUAACAAAUGUCGCCAAAAGAUGUUCGAACACGAUGACUGCAGACUUGAAUCUGCAGGGGGCACGUGUCAAAACCAGUGCAUUAAAGGUUUGGCGUGCGUGGACCAGUCGACGAUUCACCCUAAUCGUCACGGGUUCGUGUGUAUGAAAGCCCCCGCAGUCCCCACGGUGACUGCACCUGCAAAUUAAUUAAAAGCCGCGAGAGACGCCGAUUUCCCCUCAGCAAUAGACAAAAACCAAAUAAAUAUAUCUGUGCUUUAAA